AUGUCUAACAAAAAACAUAUAGGCAGAAAGCUAAGACAUAAUCUUACAGGUCAUAUAAUUACUACAAAUAAAUACGUUAAUUUAGAAAAACCUACUUUUGAAAUUGAUUCUGAUAAUGAUAAUUAUGAUUUGACUUCUAUUUAUUCAGAGCAAACUACUAGAUCAACAGGAUCUACUACAAGUCAAAAUACAAAUCAGUCACAAAUUUCUAAUUCAAACAAAAUAUUUAAUUUUUUAGCUCAUAUAAUUACUCAUAAAGAACAAGCUCAAUUUGAAAAACAAAUUCUUAAUAUAACUAUUGAAAAUAAAUCAGCUGAAAGAAUGCAAAGUGUUAUAAAAACUAAAGCACAAGAAGAUUUAAAUGAUAUAAUGUUAGUAUUUGAUGAAUGGAAAAAUGUAGCUAAACAAGAAAUUUUAGGGUCUAUACUUGUUACAUCAAAAGGUGAAUUACUAAUUUGGGAUGCUAAAGAUAUUACUGAAUAUCGUAUGGAAAUGUUUGAUGAUAAUAUUGAAGGAUUAUAUACACAACUUAAACCAAAAUCAUUACUUCCUGAACUUAAAAAGUUUCAUAAACAACAAAAGCCAUUUACUUUACAUGUUGCAAACCAGUUUGCAAGUAAUAUUUUAGAUUAUUGGGGGUUUUGUUCUGAUUUAGCAAAAGAACUAAGUAAAUUAGAUAAUUCUGAAAUCUUAACAGAUUCUACACAAAACAAUCAAGAUUAUACAAUAGUUAUUAGUGAUUCUGAGAAUGAAGAGAUUCAAGAACAAGAAAGAAAUAGCAAUGCUAUGAACAUGGAAGAAGCUUAUGAAAAUGCAACAGGUAAUAAGAUUGAUCAUCCAUUGAUUAAUAAGAAUGCAAAAUGGAAUCUUAGCAGUUUAUUUAGCCAAAAUCUUCCAACUCUACCAUAUUUGUUUGAAUUAGAAAAAUGA